UUUUCCUGCGACUGCAGGAGACAAGCCCAGAGACGCGGAGUUCCCCUCGAGCCAAACAGCCCCACGGCACCGCGCACCCAUCGGGGCGAGGGACCCUGUGCGGCAGCAGCUUCGCUCUGCCCCGAGCCCUGCCCCGAGCCCGAGCCCUGCCCCGCGGCAGCCGCCCCUUCCCGUGCUGGGGGCGGGCGGCGGCAGCGGCAGCGUUAGGACCCGGCGGCGGCUGCGGGGCGGGGGGGGAAGCGCAGCCCGGCGGUUGUUUACGGGGAGGGAGCGCCGGGCAGGUCUCGCCGAGCGGAGCCGAGCCGAGCUGCGCGGCCGGGCUGCCGGCGGCUCCUCGCCCUCCGCGCCGAGGAUGCUGCCCGGGGGUCCGCGGUGGGCGCUGCUGCUGCUGCUGGGCUCGCUGCUGCUGCUGGGGGCCGCCCGCAGCGCCGAGGAAUGCGUCCGCGGUAACGGCGAGUCCUACCGCGGCAGCCGGCGAGUGGCCUCCGGCGGCGCCCCGUGCCUCAACUGGCGGAUGGUGCGGAACGGUACCGGCGCCGCGCUCCCGGCAGCGCUCGAUGAGGACCACAGCAGCUGCAGGAACCCGGACGGCGACGCCGCGCCCUGGUGCUACAUCCAAGGCGCUACCGGGAUCCCCGAGCGGCGAUCCUGCGACAUCGCCCGGUGCUCAGAUGCUGCUAGCCCAGCUAGCCCAGCCCCAGUCCCCACAGCAGAAGUUGGUGUUUCCCAGGAGGAGGAGCAGGUGUUUGAACCAGCUGAUACUUUGCCCUCCCGGAGCGAGGCGGCCGCGGUGCAGCCCGUCAUUGGCAUCAGUCAGAGGGUACAGAUGAACUCCAGAGAAAAGAAGGACUUGGGGACACUAGGUUAUGUGCUGGGGCUGAUCAUGAUGGUGAUAAUCAUUGCCAUUGGGGCUGGCAUUGUUGUGGGAUACAUCUAUAAGAGGGGGAAGGACCUGAAGGAGAAGCACGAGCAGAAGGUGUAUGAGCGGGAGAUGCAGCGCAUCACGCUGCCCCUGUCGGCGUUCAGCAACCCCGCGUGCGAGCUGGUGGAUGAGAACACCAUCGUGGUGCAGCCCAGCCAGACGCCCGUGGAGGACCCCCGGGAUGGCAGCGGCCCCCUCAUGGGCCAGGCAGGGACUCCUGGGGCCUGAGCAGCUCAGGCAGGAGCGCUACAGGCUGAGCAAAGCCUCCAGCUUCCCACUGUGAGUGCAGGGGGUGCGUGUGUUCAUUUCUGUUUUGUUUUCCUUUUGAUGAACGCCGGACGAAGGUGAUGCAGAGGAACAGAGCAAUGGGCAAUUCAUCAUCUGCUUGAGGGGCACCGUUCAGUGCAUGACCAGCUGGGGACUGGUGUGGUGGACCCUGCUGCUUCUUCCCACCU